AUGCAAAUGUUUGAACUCAUCAUUUGUUAUCGAAAGCAUCUAAUUGCUGAUCAAAUUUAUGAGAUUAGAUUCACUGAUAAUACUCUCACAUUAACAAAUGUAAAUCUCUAUUUACAAUCUCUAUAGCCCAAGAGACCUGAUACUCCUAAGUACAUCCUCCCUUUAAAUUGGUCCUCCUAAAUUACAUGGCAACUGACACCUAAAGAAAAUGCUUUUGGCUUUUGGACAUCACCCAAAAAAUUUAAAUGGUUUCAUGCUAAACAAAGUGACUUACUCAUUUUAAAGAAGAUUCUUUCCAAAUUUGUUUCAUUUACUAAAGUAUAAGACUUUUAUGAAGCCACAGAACAUUUGGCUAGUGGUAGCAAUAGUCAAGUUUAUCAAGUUGUGAGAAAGAGUGAUAAAAAUGAUAAUUUUGUCACAAAAUGUAUUACUAAAGAAGCAAUUUAGAACUCGGUUGAAAAAAUGGUACAGCAGAAGUCUUAUUUAAUUAGAAUGGAAUUUUCGAUGAAUUAAAUAUCCUUAAACAGUUAAAUCAUCCUAAUCUGCCUCGUUUUGAAGAGUUCUAUGUUGGAGAUGGCACCUAUUAUAUAGUUUUAGAAUAUUGUAGGGGGCAAAGUUUAAAUUCAUACAUUAAAGAAUUAAAACAUUAAUUAAAUGUAAGAAUUAUUUAGAAUAUUCUAUGGGAAUUACUUUAGGGUAUUGCUUAUUUGCAUUCUCUAAAUAUCAUGCAUAGAGACAUAAAACCUGAGAAUAUUAUAUUAAAUAUUCAAGAAAAAAAAAUAGAUCUAAAAAUUGUAGAUUUUGGUCUCUCUGUAAAACUUGAACCCAAAAAAGAACUUAAGAAAUGUGGAACACCAGGUUAUGUGGCUCCUGAGAUAAUUAAUUUAAAAAAUGGAAAAUAUGGAUUAGAGAGCGAUAUUUUUUCUAUAGGGUGUGUAUUCUAUAAAUUGUAAAUUUAUUUUCAAAUUUAUAAGGUUAUUGAGAAAAGAUUUAUUUUAAGGGGAAACUCAAAAUGAAAUAUUAUCAGCUAAUAGAAGAUGCUAAAUUAAUCUUUAAAAUUUAUCAUUAAUACAUAUCCCUAUAACUGCUUAAAAUUUAUUAUCAGAAAUGUUACAAGAAGAUCCUAGAUUAAGAAUAAAAGCUACAUCUGCUUUGUAACAUUCUUUUUUUAGAGAAAAUUUCAGAAUCAGUACUCGUAAUAUUCCACUUACAUUUUCUAAUAAUAGAGCUAGCUUUCUCUCUUAAAAAUCAAAUACUAAACAUCAACAAAGUGAUGAUGAAAUUGUAGUAGAUUAUUUUAAUAAUGAAUUACCUCCUAUUAAUCAAAUUCCUGUUUUUUUAGAAUAUCAUAAAAAUGGACAAAAAAUAAGUUAGAAUCAAGAAAAUUUAAAUUCUUAAUCCACAGAUUCAAAAUUUAUGUUUCGAAAUGUCUCAAAAUCAACAGGUUGA